AAUUUGCUUACGACUAAGAACAUAACUCACAAGAGAAGAAAAAAACUCACACGAGAAGAAAAAAAACAUGAGCAGUAGUAGUACUCCUGGUGAAAGUUUAUACAAAGCCAAGUCGAAAGGUAUUGAUGCAAUCAGCAGCGACUCUGAUGAUGAUGAUCUAACAAGAGUAUUAACAGCACAACGCUCUAGGUCAUAUUCUAUGAAUCGAUAUAGGUCGAAUUCUGUGAAUGGAUAUAGGUCAAACUCUAUUGAUCUAAAUAGGAGACGUGCUGAGAAAGUCAGAACGGUUUCAACUAGAGAAAAGAAAGAAGAGUCCAAACCGGAACCAGAAGAAGAGAAAGUUGGUGACAUCGUUCGUUUCGGACGAGACAGCUACUUCGUAGUUGACAUCUUCGAGAAGGAGAUCAUGGAGCUGGGAGAUAAGGUGGAUUUGAACUUCAAGAGAUUCAACAAGUUCGAAGCUGUUGAUGGAUGCACUCCACGGGAUCAUCACUUCAUCCACUACAGGUGUUGUUACUCGUCUUGCUGCUGCGUCUGUGCUCUCAGUAGCGUAGAGAGAGAGUGGGGAAGGCUGAAGAAAGAGUUGGAGAAGAGAGAUGGUUCCAGUGGAGUCAGCUUCUUCGUCAGGACUUACAACGAAAGAAAAGAGCUGAUGAGAGUUGCUGCAACCGACGAGAGUCACAGCUUGUUCUUCUUUGAUGUUAAGUUCCCUACAGAGUAUCCAUACCAAGCGCCGAGUCUCUUCUACCAUCCCUAUGGCCUUCCUUUGAGUAACUUUGAAACCCAAAAGCUAUUAAAACCCAAACGUAGUUACGACGUAUUAGAUGUGUUUCUCCACAUUGAAGAGACUGUGAUGAACAACACCAACAAGUCAUGUGAUCAGAUGCUGGAUAUGCUGAAGCGUCCUCUCAAUGGGUUUGAGGAUUUUGUGAGAGGACACUUCAGGAAGAAGGGAGCUUUUAUUUUAAAGGACAUGAUGGAAGAGAUGGAUUUGGCAAAGGAGAGGGAUAGAAACAGCUUUUUCAAAACGUAUGUUGCCUUUGAAGACAAUAAAUGUUACUGUGGGCAUCUUCUCAACAAAGAUCUUAGAGAAGAGCUGGAGAGGUACAAGGAGAAAGAGUGUUCACUAGGUGAUCACUACUACUCUUCUUCAUCUUCUUACUUCCCAACCAUAAUUAGCAGGUUUGAUGACAUUCAGAAGACACCAAGAUACAAAAACUUCUUGAACAAGCUCUUCAUCUUGUAGUUUCUCUAGUAGUGUUUUCUUUGUGCUUCCUUUUUAUAAAAAAAAUAAUAAUAAUAUAUGAGUUUUUUU